AUACGGCCGCUGCGCAGGACUUCCGAGGAGAUUUUGUGAGCACUUUGGGAAUCUCUCUCCUUUCAGAUCACAUCGGCUGCUGAGGAAGUCAAACUUAAUACUCAAAAACUCGCGGCCCGUCGGGCCUGUAGGUUCUCAUUGCGAUGAUGUCACAAAGCGCCACCCAGGCCAGUUUGAGUACUAAAAAGGAUUUGGAGUACUUAACUAGCCACUUGAUAUGCAAAAGGCGGAGCUUGAGCCAUAUAACUUUGCUGGAAUUACGGGCUUGUGGAAGUUCACGCAAGAGUCAAGGCUGCCAACAAACCAAACAAAACCCAACUAAUUAAGUAGCGAUACAAAGCCAAGAUGGAGCCCGCUGAUACUAAUGAGAAGAAGCAAAAUGGCCACACCAAAAUCCUUGGCCCUGUGGCGGGCGUCUACUUGGCAAAAUCCAAGCAGAAGAUCAGCAUAUAUGAAGCCAUGAAGAAACGUCUGCUUAAAUCCGGAACAGCGUUGGCCCUGCUGGAAGCGCAGGUCGCCACAGGAGGUGUCGUAGACCCUGUGAAGAACCAAAUACUUCCAGUCACGGAGGCCAUCAAGGAAAAACUCAUCGGACUUGAGUUGAAGGAGAAGCUCCUCUUUGCAGAGAAGGCUGUCACCGGUUACGUGGACCCUUACACCAACCAAACCAUCUCCGUGUUCCAAGCCAUGCAAAAAGACUUGGUACCCAGAGAUUACGGUUUAAGACUACUUCAAGCUCAAAUCGCCACGCACGGCCUGCUAGAUCCAAUUGAGAAGACAACCCUUUCAGUUGAGUUAGCCAUUCAGAAAGGCUACUACGAGAAAGGUCUACUGGAUGAUGAUCAGAUGUCAGAGUUGAAGGUGUUCUAUGACCCGAGCACACAACAGCACAUCAACUACAAAACACUGAUCGAGAAGUGUAUUGUGGAACCAGACACAGGUCUGCUUCUUCUCCCCAUCUUCAUCACCUUCAAGGGCUUGAGACGAGGCAUUUCCUCCGCAGAACUCUUUGAAUCCAAGAUCAUUGACAAAGAAAUGUACGAUAACCUGCAGGAAGGGAAGACUACAACCCAGCAAGUGAUGCUGAAUGAGACAGUAAAAGAAUAUCUCCAGGGUAAAGGCAGCAUUUCUGGCAUUGCAAUCCUCUCAUCCAAUCAGAGAUUGAGCAUCUAUGAAGCCAUGAAGCGUAACAUACUGAUGCCUGGGACGGCUCUAGUUCUUCUGGAGGCGCAGGCCGCGACCGGAUUCAUGAUCGAUCCUGUGGAAAACAAAAAUUUCACUGUGGACGAGGCUAUAAAAAACAAACUCAUUGGGCCUGAAUAUUACGCCAAGUUGCGUUCCGCCGAACGAGCCGUGACUGGCUACAAAGACCCGUACACGGAAAAAAACAUUUCCCUCUUUCAAGCACUCUCCAAAGAUCUCAUCCUGAAGGAACAUGGGAUCCGCCUCCUGGAGGCGCAAAUUGCCACAGGAGGAAUAAUCGACCCCAUCCACAGCCACAGGCUCCCCACAGAGGUGGCCUUCAAAAGAGGUUAUUUUGACCAAGAAAUGAAAGCCAUCCUUGAGGAUUCGGGUGAUGACACAAAAGGAUUCUUUGACCCAAACACUGAGGAGAAUUUAACGUACCUUCAGCUGAUGCAAAGGUGUGUCACCGAUCCUGCUACCGGACUCUGCCUCCUUCCUCUUCGAGACAAAUCAGAUGUACUUAACUUCACCUUCAUUGAUUACCAAACUAAGAUGUCCUUCAAACAGAAGAAGGUGAAAGUGGCUUGUGGGAAGUACUCAGGAAUGACAGUAUCUCUGUGGGAGUUGCUGAUGUCAGAAUACUUAGAUGAAAAGCAGCGCACAGACAUCAUACGGAAAUACCGGGAAAGGAUGCUCACUAUCGAGACGAUUGUCACAACGGUUCUACAAAUCAUUGAGACAUCUGUCAAAAACGUCAAAGUCAUCUUUGAAGGCAUUCGAGAAACAGUCACACUAAAACAGUUGGUUGAGGCUGAUAUCAUCAGCGAGGAGAUCUCCGAUGAUCUGAAAAAAGGUAAGAAGUCUGUUCAGGAGGUAAUUGAGGAUCAAAACCUACAUGUGUAUCUCCAGAGUAAAGACAGCAUUGCAGGUGUUCUCCUACCUGACUCCCAGAUCCUGACCAUUUACCAAGCAAGACAGAAAGGCAAACUGAUGCCAGGAACAGCUCUGAUUUUACUCGAGGCUCAAGCGGCAACAGGAUUCAUUAUUGAUCCUAUUGGAAACAGAAAGUUUUCCGUGGACGAGGCUAUCAAAGCUAAGAUUAUUGGGCCCGAUUUUUACCAAAAGCUGCGUUCUGCAGAAAAGGCAGUAACAGGUUACAAAGACCCAUACUACGGGACCACAAUCUCUCUGUUCCAAGCCAUGCAAAAAGACCUCAUCGUAAAGGAUCACGGUAUUCGACUCUUGGAGGCGCAAAUUGCCACUGGCGGCAUCAUUGACCCAGUUAAUAGCCAUCGCAUUCCCGUCCAAGUGGCCUUCAAACGUGGAUACUUCAACCAGGAGAUGAACGAGAUCCUAAGUGAUCCUACUGAUGACACCAAAGGUUUUUUUGACCCCAACACACAUGAGAAUCUCACCUACUUGCAACUCAUGGCCAGAUGUGUCACAGAUCCCAGUACAGGACUCUGUCUCCUGCCACUCAAAGGUAAAAUUCAAAAAGUCAACGUUGAUGACACCAUGAAGGAACUGUUCAGAACAACAGUCGUUUCUGUACGGUAUGGCCGCUUCAAAGGCAGGCAUGCUACUCUUUGGGAUCUCAUCAAUUCAGAGUAUCUGUCUGAGUCAGAACGGCAGGAGUUCUUCAAAUUCUUCAAGUCAAGGAAACUCACAAUUGAGGAAAUCACUGAGUCGAUUCUAGUCAUCAUUGAUAGCAAGGAGAUAAAACAGCAAGCGGACCUGAGCUUCCGAGGUCUUAGAGGGGAGGUUUCCGUCGUGGAUCUUUUGGAGCUUCAAAUAGUAGAUGAAAAAACUUACAGCAACUUGAUUGAUGGAACACUAAAGAGCACUGAUCUGAUGCAAAUGGAUAGCGUGAGGGCCUACCUUCAAGGGAAAAGCUGCGUCGCCGGUGUGAUACUCCAGCCUUCCAAUCAGAAGAUGAGCAUUUACGAAGCCCAGAAAAGUGGCAUCCUAACACCCGGAACAGCUCUUUGCCUACUCGAAGCACAGGCAGCCACUGGGUUCAUUGUCGAUCCACUGACGAACAAAAAGCUAACCGUGGAACAAGCGCUUCGGGAAAUGUUGAUUAGUCCUCAAAUGUAUGAAAAGCUUCUGUCUGCGGAGAGAGCUGUCACUGGUUACACCGAUCCAUACACGGGCCAAAAGAUUUCUCUUUUCCAAGCCUUGAAAAAGGAUCUUAUCGUGAAGGACCAUGGCAUUCGUUUACUUGAGGCCCAAAUUGCGACAGGCGGUAUCAUCGAUCCCUUAAAAUGUCUUCACUUACCCCUCGAUGUUGCCUACAGAAAAGGAUAUUUUGAUGAAGAACUGAAUCAAAUUCUUUUGGACCCGAAUGAUGACACAAAAGGCUUUUUCGACCCCAACACCAAAGAGAAUCUGACAUACAUGGAAAUGUUGAAAAGAUGUGUGCAAGAUAAAGAAACGGGAUUGUUCCUCUUACCAAUGACUAACACACCCAAAACCUCCAAAACAUAUACGAGGUUGUACACUGACAGCGAAAUAAGACGAGUGUUUGAAGAGACAGUAGUGAUCAUAUCGUUUGGACACUACGCAGGGAAAUCAAUUUCUCUCUGGGACUUGAUCCACUCUGGCUACUUCACUGAAGACCAACAAAAUGAACUAAUAGAAAUAUUCCGAACAGGAAAGGUCACUACAGACACCAUCAUCUCCACUGUAACUUCUACCAUUGAAAAACUGGAGAAAAAUGAAGCUCCCAAAAUGAUAAUGGGCCUUAGAAAGCCUGUCUCAGCUAAACAUUUACUGGACUCUGGUAUUAUCGACAAUGACACAUUCAAAAUGGUGCAGCAAGGCAAAACGGCAGAAGUGGCGAAAAGUAAGCACGUGGAACAAUACUUGAAUGGAUCGAGAAGCAUAGCUGGGAUUAAAGUGUAUCCGUCCCAACAAAUUCUGACCAUAUAUGGUGCAAAGAUGGAAGGUAUGUUGACAGACGGAAUUGCAUAUCUAUUGCUAGAAGCACAGGCAUCUACAGGAUGUCUCAUUGAUCCGCUCACAAACCAACUCUACACUGUUGAAGAGGCUGCAAAAGAGGAAGUCAUUGGGCCAGAUGUGUGUGAGCAGCUCCUGCUGGCCGAGCGAGCCAUCACUGGCUAUAAAGACCCCUACACCGACACAACGAUAUCACUUUUUGAGGCUAUGAAUCAACAGCUGAUUCAAAGAAGUGAUGCCAUUCGCCUUCUUCAAGCCCAAAUAGCAACGGGUGGAAUUGUAGACCCAAACAUGAGUCACAGGGUGCCCAUUAAUAUUGCAGUCAAAAUGGGACUUCUGGAUGACCAACUCAAAAUCCUUCUGCUAAACCCACCUGAAGAUUUAAAGGGGUAUUUUGAUCCAAACACGAAGGAAAAACUCUCCUACCUCGAGCUGAUGGAAAGAUGUGAAGUAGAUCCUAAAACGGGAUUGCUUUUUUUACCACUGCAUGAGGAGAAACCAAAUGUUUUUCACACAAAGGAGCAAAUAGAGCUUGAGUUAAAAAACACAACAGUUUCCAUGCAUGUAGGCAAAUUCCAAAACAAAGAAGUGACCUUGUGGGAAUUGUUGCUGUCUGAAUACAUAUCACAGAAGAAGCGAGAGCAGCUCAUAGAACAAUACAAGACUAGAGCCAUAACAAUUGAAGAGAUGAUUGAAAUACUCACUGUCAUCAUUACAGAGGUGUCUUCCAAAGAAAAAAAAUUCAAAGGACUGAGGAAGCAAGUCUCAGCAAGUCAGCUUUAUGAAUCAAAGAUCAUCUCGAAGGAGCUUUUCACACAGAUCAUACAAGGGCAAGUGACUGUAGACAAUGUCAACAAAAUGGAAUCUGUUCAAAAGUAUUUAGGGGCAACAAACUGCAUCGCCGGUGUCAGGGUUGAGUCUACAAAGAAAGUUAUGAGUAUCUAUGAAGCAAGGUCCAGAGGUCUGCUAACUCCUGGAACGUCUCUUGUUCUCCUUGAGGCUCAAGCUGCUACUGGCUUUGUCAUUGACCCAGUCAACAACAAAAAACUUUCAGUGGCUGAAGCUGUGGCUCAGAAUGUAGUCGGCAGCGAGAUGAAAAAGAAACUCCUGUCAGCAGAACGAGCUGUCACAGGAUAUACUGACCCCUACACUGGUGAGACCAUUUCUUUAUUCCAGGCCCUGAUAAAAGAUCUCAUCGUGAAGGAUCAUGGAAUCCGUCUUCUGGAAGCUCAAAUUGCCACAGGAGGCAUCAUUGACCCAGUAUACAGUCACAGAGUUCCUGUGCAGGUGGCUUACCAAAGAGGCUACUUUGAUGAAGAAAUGAAUCAGAUUCUGUCUGACCCAGAUGACGACACAAAGGGCUUUUUUGAUCCCAAUACGCAAGAGAAUCUGACUUAUCUCCAACUUAUAGAGAGAUGUGUCACUGACCCAAAAACAGGACUUAUUGUACUACCCAUUGUGAAGAAAGGGGAGUUUUAUUUCUAUGUUGAUGAGGCCACAAAACUUAUCCUGAAAUCAAGGACAACCACUAAAGCAGGAGGAAAGUACCAAGGAACCACGGUGUCAAUGUGGGAUCUGCUCUACUCCAGAUAUAUCGCUGAGGAGAAGAGGCGAGAGCUCGUGCAACAAUACAAGUCCGGAGUUAUCACGAUUGAAUUCUUUUUGGAAAUUAUCUUGAUGAUCAUUCAGCAGCAGACCACUACCACAACCUCAUCAUCAACCACCACAUAUCAAAUAUCUGAAACACACGUUGACAGCAGUACCACAGUUACAGAGACCGAAACCUUUCAUGGUAUUAGAAAGGAUGUCAGUGCUACAGAGUUGCUUGAAUCUAAAAUCAUUGACGAAGACAUCUACAAAGAACUGCAUGCAGGAACCAUCACAGUUGAGGAAGUCAGUGAAAUGGACUCUGUCCGUCGGUAUCUAGAAGGGACCAACUGCAUUGCAGGAGUUUACUUGCAGUCCACCAAAGAGAUCCUGAGCAUCUUUGAAGCCAAGUCCAGAGGCCUGCUGACUCCUGGAACGUCUCUUGUGCUCCUCGAGGCCCAAGCUGCCACUGGCUUUGUCGUUGACCCAGUCAACAACAAGAAACUCUCAGUAGACGAGGCUGUAGCUCAGGGUGUGGUUGGCGGUGAAUGGCAAAAGAAGCUGCUCUCGGCAGAACGAGCCGUCACAGGGUACAAAGACCCUUACACAGAAAAAACAAUCUCCCUGUUCCAAGCGCUGAAGAAAGACCUGAUCGUCAAAGAUCAUGGAGUUCGGCUUCUGGAAGCUCAAAUUGCCACAGGGGGCAUCAUUGACCCAGUUUACAGCCACAGAGUUCCCGUGCAGGUGGCUUACCAAAGAGGCUACUUUGAUGAAGAAAUGAACCAGAUUCUGUCCGACCCAGAUGACGACACCAAGGGAUUUUUUGAUCCAAACACACAAGAGAACCUUACUUAUCUCCAGUUGGUCGAGAGGUGUAUCACAGAUCCCAGCACUGGUCUUAGCCUGUUGGUUAUUGUGAAGAAAGGGGAGUUUUACUUCUUUGUUGAUGAGGCCACAAAAUUUAUCCUGAAAUCAAGGACAACCACUAAAGCAGGAGGAAAGUACCAAGGAACCACGGUGUCACUGUGGGAUCUGCUCUACUCCAGAUAUAUCACUGAGGAGAAGAGACGAGAGCUCGUGCAACAAUACAAGUCCGGAGUUAUUACGAUUGAAAGCUUUCUGGAAAUCAUCUUGAUGAUCAUUCAGCAGCAGACCACUACCACAACCUCAUCAUCAACCAUCACAUAUCAAAUACCUGAAACAAACGUUGACAGCAGUACCACAAAUACUACCAUCACCACCACAGUUACAGAGACCGAAACCUUUCAUGGUAUUAGAAAGGAUGUCAGUGCUACAGAGUUGCUUGAAUCUAAAAUCAUUGACGAGAACCUCUACAAAGAACUGAAUGCAGGAACCAUCACAGUUGAGGAAGUCAGUGAAAUAGACUCUGUUCGUCGGUAUUUAGAAGGGACCAACUGUAUUGCAGGAGUGUACUUGCAGUCCACCAAAGAGACCCUGAGCAUCUUUGAAGCCAAGUCCAGAGGCCUGCUGACUCCUGGAACAUCUCUUGUGCUCCUCGAGGCCCAAGCUGCCACUGGCUUUGUCAUUGAUCCAGUCAACAACAACAAACUCUCAGUAGACGAGGCUGUAGCUCAGGGUGUGGUUGGCGGUGAAUGGCAAAAGAAGCUGCUCUCGGCAGAACGAGCCGUCACAGGGUACAAAGACCCUUACACUGAAAAAACAAUCUCCCUCUUCCAAGCGCUGAAGAAAGACCUAAUCGUCAAAGAUCAUGGAAUUCGCCUUCUGGAAGCUCAAAUUGCCACAGGGGGCAUCAUUGACCCAGUUUACAGCCACAGAGUUCCAGUGCAGGUGGCUUACCAAAGAGGCUACUUUGAUGAAGAAAUGAACCAGAUUCUGUCCGACCCAGAUGACGACACCAAGGGAUUUUUUGAUCCAAACACACAAGAGAACCUCACUUAUCUCCAGUUGGUCGAGAGGUGUAUCACAGAUCCCAUCACUGGUCUUAGCCUGUUGGUUAUUGUGAAGAAAGGGGAGUUCUACUUCUUUGUUGAUGAGGCCACAAAAAUGAUCCUGAAAUCAAGGACAACCACUAAAGCAGGAGGAAAGUACCAAGGAACCACGGUGUCAAUGUGGGAUCUGCUCUACUCCAGAUAUAUCGCUGAGGAGAAGAGGCGAGAGCUCGUGCAACAAUACAAGUCCGGAGUUAUCACGAUUGAAUUCUUUUUGGAAAUUAUCUUGAUGAUCAUUCAGCAGCAGACCACUACCACAACCUCAUCAUCAACCACCACAUAUCAAAUAUCUGAAACACACGUUGACAGCAGUACCACAGUUACAGAGACCGAAACCUUUCAUGGUAUUAGAAAGGAUGUCAGUGCUACAGAGUUGCUUGAAUCUAAAAUCAUUGACGAAGACAUCUACAAAGAACUGCAUGCAGGAACCAUCACAGUUGAGGAAGUCAGUGAAAUGGACUCUGUCCGUCGGUAUCUAGAAGGGACCAACUGCAUUGCAGGAGUUUACUUGCAGUCCACCAAAGAGAUCCUGAGCAUCUUUGAAGCCAAGUCCAGAGGCCUGCUGACUCCUGGAACGUCUCUUGUGCUCCUCGAGGCCCAAGCUGCCACUGGCUUUGUCGUUGACCCAGUCAACAACAAGAAACUCUCAGUAGACGAGGCUGUAGCUCAGGGUGUGGUUGGCGGUGAAUGGCAAAAGAAGCUGCUCUCGGCAGAACGAGCCGUCACAGGGUACAAAGACCCUUACACAGAAAAAACAAUCUCCCUGUUCCAAGCGCUGAAGAAAGACCUGAUCGUCAAAGAUCAUGGAGUUCGGCUUCUGGAAGCUCAAAUUGCCACAGGGGGCAUCAUUGACCCAGUUUACAGCCACAGAGUUCCCGUGCAGGUGGCUUACCAAAGAGGCUACUUUGAUGAAGAAAUGAACCAGAUUCUGUCCGACCCAGAUGACGACACCAAGGGAUUUUUUGAUCCAAACACACAAGAGAACCUUACUUAUCUCCAGUUGGUCGAGAGGUGUAUCACAGAUCCCAGCACUGGUCUUAGCCUGUUGGUUAUUGUGAAGAAAGGGGAGUUUUACUUCUUUGUUGAUGAGGCCACAAAAUUUAUCCUGAAAUCAAGGACAACCACUAAAGCAGGAGGAAAGUACCAAGGAACCACGGUGUCACUGUGGGAUCUGCUCUACUCCAGAUACAUCACUGAGGAGAAGAGACGAGAGCUCGUGCAACAAUACAAGUCCGGAGUUAUUACGAUUGAAAGCUUUCUGGAAAUCAUCUUGAUGAUCAUUCAGCAGCAGACCACUACCACAACCUCAUCAUCAACCAUCACAUAUCAAAUACCUGAAACAAACGUUGACAGCAGUACCACAAAUACUACCAUCACCACCACAGUUACAGAGACCGAAACCUUUCAUGGUAUUAGAAAGGAUGUCAGUGCUACAGAGUUGCUUGAAUCUAAAAUCAUUGACGAGAACCUCUACAAAGAACUGAAUGCAGGAACCAUCACAGUUGAGGAAGUCAGUGAAAUAGACUCUGUUCGUCGGUAUUUAGAAGGGACCAACUGUAUUGCAGGAGUGUACUUGGAGUCCACCAAAGAGACCCUGAGCAUCUUUGAAGCCAAGUCCAGAGGCCUGCUGACUCCUGGAACAUCUCUUGUGCUCCUCGAGGCCCAAGCUGCCACUGGCUUUGUCAUUGAUCCAGUCAACAACAACAAACUCUCAGUAGACGAGGCUGUAGCUCAGGGUGUGGUUGGCGGUGAAUGGCAAAAGAAGCUGCUCUCGGCAGAACGAGCCGUCACAGGGUACAAAGACCCUUACACUGAAAAAACAAUCUCCCUCUUCCAAGCGCUGAAGAAAGACCUAAUCGUCAAAGAUCAUGGAAUUCGCCUUCUGGAAGCUCAAAUUGCCACAGGGGGCAUCAUUGACCCAGUUUACAGCCACAGAGUUCCAGUGCAGGUGGCUUACCAAAGAGGCUACUUUGAUGAAGAAAUGAACCAGAUUCUGUCCGACCCAGAUGACGACACCAAGGGAUUUUUUGAUCCAAACACACAAGAGAACCUCACUUAUCUCCAGUUGGUCGAGAGGUGUAUCACAGAUCCCAUCACUGGUCUUAGCCUGUUGGUUAUUGUGAAGAAAGGGGAGUUCUACUUCUUUGUUGAUGAGGCCACAAAAAUGAUCCUGAAAUCAAGGACAACCACUAAAGCAGGAGGAAAGUACCAAGGAACCACGGUGUCAAUGUGGGAUCUGCUCUACUCCAGAUAUAUCGCUGAGGAGAAGAGGCGAGAGCUCGUGCAACAAUACAAGUCCGGAGUUAUCACGAUUGAAUUCUUUUUGGAAAUUAUCUUGAUGAUCAUUCAGCAGCAGACCACUACCACAACCUCAUCAUCAACCACCACAUAUCAAAUAUCUGAAACACACGUUGACAGCAGUACCACAGUUACAGAGACCGAAACCUUUCAUGGUAUUAGAAAGGAUGUCAGUGCUACAGAGUUGCUUGAAUCUAAAAUCAUUGACGAAGACAUCUACAAAGAACUGCAUGCAGGAACCAUCACAGUUGAGGAAGUCAGUGAAAUGGACUCUGUCCGUCGGUAUCUAGAAGGGACCAACUGCAUUGCAGGAGUUUACUUGCAGUCCACCAAAGAGAUCCUGAGCAUCUUUGAAGCCAAGUCCAGAGGCCUGCUGACUCCUGGAACGUCUCUUGUGCUCCUCGAGGCCCAAGCUGCCACUGGCUUUGUCGUUGACCCAGUCAACAACAAGAAACUCUCAGUAGACGAGGCUGUAGCUCAGGGUGUGGUUGGCGGUGAAUGGCAAAAGAAGCUGCUCUCGGCAGAACGAGCCGUCACAGGGUACAAAGACCCUUACACAGAAAAAACAAUCUCCCUGUUCCAAGCGCUGAAGAAAGACCUGAUCGUCAAAGAUCAUGGAGUUCGGCUUCUGGAAGCUCAAAUUGCCACAGGGGGCAUCAUUGACCCAGUUUACAGCCACAGAGUUCCCGUGCAGGUGGCUUACCAAAGAGGCUACUUUGAUGAAGAAAUGAACCAGAUUCUGUCCGACCCAGAUGACGACACCAAGGGAUUUUUUGAUCCAAACACACAAGAGAACCUUACUUAUCUCCAGUUGGUCGAGAGGUGUAUCACAGAUCCCAGCACUGGUCUUAGCCUGUUGGUUAUUGUGAAGAAAGGGGAGUUUUACUUCUUUGUUGAUGAGGCCACAAAAUUUAUCCUGAAAUCAAGGACAACCACUAAAGCAGGAGGAAAGUACCAAGGAACCACGGUGUCACUGUGGGAUCUGCUCUACUCCAGAUAUAUCACUGAGGAGAAGAGACGAGAGCUCGUGCAACAAUACAAGUCCGGAGUUAUUACGAUUGAAAGCUUUCUGGAAAUCAUCUUGAUGAUCAUUCAGCAGCAGACCACUACCACAACCUCAUCAUCAACCAUCACAUAUCAAAUACCUGAAACAAACGUUGACAGCAGUACCACAAAUACUACCAUCACCACCACAGUUACAGAGACCGAAACCUUUCAUGGUAUUAGAAAGGAUGUCAGUGCUACAGAGUUGCUUGAAUCUAAAAUCAUUGACGAGAACCUCUACAAAGAACUGAAUGCAGGAACCAUCACAGUUGAGGAAGUCAGUGAAAUAGACUCUGUUCGUCGGUAUUUAGAAGGGACCAACUGUAUUGCAGGAGUGUACUUGCAGUCCACCAAAGAGACCCUGAGCAUCUUUGAAGCCAAGUCCAGAGGCCUGCUGACUCCUGGAACAUCUCUUGUGCUCCUCGAGGCCCAAGCUGCCACUGGCUUUGUCAUUGAUCCAGUCAACAACAACAAACUCUCAGUAGACGAGGCUGUAGCUCAGGGUGUGGUUGGCGGUGAAUGGCAAAAGAAGCUGCUCUCGGCAGAACGAGCCGUCACAGGGUACAAAGACCCUUACACUGAAAAAACAAUCUCCCUCUUCCAAGCGCUGAAGAAAGACCUAAUCGUCAAAGAUCAUGGAAUUCGCCUUCUGGAAGCUCAAAUUGCCACAGGGGGCAUCAUUGACCCAGUUUACAGCCACAGAGUUCCAGUGCAGGUGGCUUACCAAAGAGGCUACUUUGAUGAAGAAAUGAACCAGAUUCUGUCCGACCCAGAUGACGACACCAAGGGAUUUUUUGAUCCAAACACACAAGAGAACCUCACUUAUCUCCAGUUGGUCGAGAGGUGUAUCACAGAUCCCAUCACUGGUCUUAGCCUGUUGGUUAUUGUGAAGAAAGGGGAGUUCUACUUCUUUGUUGAUGAGGCCACAAAAAUGAUCCUGAAAUCAAGGACAACCACUAAAGCAGGAGGAAAGUACCAAGGAACCACGGUGUCAAUGUGGGAUCUGCUCUACUCCAGAUAUAUCGCUGAGGAGAAGAGGCGAGAGCUCGUGCAACAAUACAAGUCCGGAGUUAUCACGAUUGAAUUCUUUUUGGAAAUUAUCUUGAUGAUCAUUCAGCAGCAGACCACUACCACAACCUCAUCAUCAACCACCACAUAUCAAAUAUCUGAAACACACGUUGACAGCAGUACCACAGUUACAGAGACCGAAACCUUUCAUGGUAUUAGAAAGGAUGUCAGUGCUACAGAGUUGCUUGAAUCUAAAAUCAUUGACGAAGACAUCUACAAAGAACUGCAUGCAGGAACCAUCACAGUUGAGGAAGUCAGUGAAAUGGACUCUGUCCGUCGGUAUCUAGAAGGGACCAACUGCAUUGCAGGAGUUUACUUGCAGUCCACCAAAGAGAUCCUGAGCAUCUUUGAAGCCAAGUCCAGAGGCCUGCUGACUCCUGGAACGUCUCUUGUGCUCCUCGAGGCCCAAGCUGCCACUGGCUUUGUCGUUGACCCAGUCAACAACAAGAAACUCUCAGUAGACGAGGCUGUAGCUCAGGGUGUGGUUGGCGGUGAAUGGCAAAAGAAGCUGCUCUCGGCAGAACGAGCCGUCACAGGGUACAAAGACCCUUACACAGAAAAAACAAUCUCCCUGUUCCAAGCGCUGAAGAAAGACCUGAUCGUCAAAGAUCAUGGAGUUCGGCUUCUGGAAGCUCAAAUUGCCACAGGGGGCAUCAUUGACCCAGUUUACAGCCACAGAGUUCCCGUGCAGGUGGCUUACCAAAGAGGCUACUUUGAUGAAGAAAUGAACCAGAUUCUGUCCGACCCAGAUGACGACACCAAGGGAUUUUUUGAUCCAAACACACAAGAGAACCUUACUUAUCUCCAGUUGGUCGAGAGGUGUAUCACAUAUCCCAGCACUGGUCUUAGCCUGUUGGUUAUUGUGAAGAAAGGGGAGUUUUACUUCUUUGUUGAUGAGGCCACAAAAUUUAUCCUGAAAUCAAGGACAACCACUAAAGCAGGAGGAAAGUACCAAGGAACCACGGUGUCACUGUGGGAUCUGCUCUACUCCAGAUACAUCACUGAGGAGAAGAGACGAGAGCUCGUGCAACAAUACAAGUCCGGAGUUAUUACGAUUGAAAGCUUUCUGGAAAUCAUCUUGAUGAUCAUUCAGCAGCAGACCACUACCACAACCUCAUCAUCAACCAUCACAUAUCAAAUACCUGAAACAAACGUUGACAGCAGUACCACAAAUACUACCAUCACCACCACAGUUACAGAGACCGAAACCUUUCAUGGUAUUAGAAAGGAUGUCAGUGCUACAGAGUUGCUUGAAUCUAAAAUCAUUGACGAGAACCUCUACAAAGAACUGAAUGCAGGAACCAUCACAGUUGAGGAAGUCAGUGAAAUAGACUCUGUUCGUCGGUAUUUAGAAGGGACCAACUGUAUUGCAGGAGUGUACUUGGAGUCCACCAAAGAGACCCUGAGCAUCUUUGAAGCCAAGUCCAGAGGCCUGCUGACUCCUGGAACAUCUCUUGUGCUCCUCGAGGCCCAAGCUGCCACUGGCUUUGUCAUUGAUCCAGUCAACAACAACAAACUCUCAGUAGACGAGGCUGUAGCUCAGGGUGUGGUUGGCGGUGAAUGGCAAAAGAAGCUGCUCUCGGCAGAACGAGCCGUCACAGGGUACAAAGACCCUUACACUGAAAAAACAAUCUCCCUCUUCCAAGCGCUGAAGAAAGACCUAAUCGUCAAAGAUCAUGGAAUUCGCCUUCUGGAAGCUCAAAUUGCCACAGGGGGCAUCAUUGACCCAGUUUACAGCCACAGAGUUCCAGUGCAGGUGGCUUACCAAAGAGGCUACUUUGAUGAAGAAAUGAACCAGAUUCUGUCCGACCCAGAUGACGACACCAAGGGAUUUUUUGAUCCAAACACACAAGAGAACCUCACUUAUCUCCAGUUGGUCGAGAGGUGUAUCACAGAUCCCAUCACUGGUCUUAGCCUGUUGGUUAUUGUGAAGAAAGGGGAGUUCUACUUCUUUGUUGAUGAGGCCACAAAAAUGAUCCUGAAAUCAAGGACAACCACUAAAGCAGGAGGAAAGUACCAAGGAACCACGGUGUCAAUGUGGGAUCUGCUCUACUCCAGAUAUAUCGCUGAGGAGAAGAGGCGAGAGCUCGUGCAACAAUACAAGUCCGGAGUUAUCACGAUUGAAUUCUUUUUGGAAAUUAUCUUGAUGAUCAUUCAGCAGCAGACCACUACCACAACCUCAUCAUCAACCACCACAUAUCAAAUAUCUGAAACACACGUUGACAGCAGUACCACAGUUACAGAGACCGAAACCUUUCAUGGUAUUAGAAAGGAUGUCAGUGCUACAGAGUUGCUUGAAUCUAAAAUCAUUGACGAAGACAUCUACAAAGAACUGCAUGCAGGAACCAUCACAGUUGAGGAAGUCAGUGAAAUGGACUCUGUCCGUCGGUAUCUAGAAGGGACCAACUGCAUUGCAGGAGUUUACUUGCAGUCCACCAAAGAGAUCCUGAGCAUCUUUGAAGCCAAGUCCAGAGGCCUGCUGACUCCUGGAACGUCUCUUGUGCUCCUCGAGGCCCAAGCUGCCACUGGCUUUGUCGUUGACCCAGUCAACAACAAGAAACUCUCAGUAGACGAGGCUGUAGCUCAGGGUGUGGUUGGCGGUGAAUGGCAAAAGAAGCUGCUCUCGGCAGAACGAGCCGUCACAGGGUACAAAGACCCUUACACAGAAAAAACAAUCUCCCUGUUCCAAGCGCUGAAGAAAGACCUGAUCGUCAAAGAUCAUGGAGUUCGGCUUCUGGAAGCUCAAAUUGCCACAGGGGGCAUCAUUGACCCAGUUUACAGCCACAGAGUUCCCGUGCAGGUGGCUUACCAAAGAGGCUACUUUGAUGAAGAAAUGAACCAGAUUCUGUCCGACCCAGAUGACGACACCAAGGGAUUUUUUGAUCCAAACACACAAGAGAACCUCACUUAUCUCCAGUUGGUCGAGAGGUGUAUCACAGAUCCCAUCACUGGUCUUAGCCUGUUGGUUAUUGUGAAGAAAGGGGAGUUCUACUUCUUUGUUGAUGAGGCCACAAAAAUGAUCCUGAAAUCAAGGACAACCACUAAAGCAGGAGGAAAGUACCAAGGAACCACGGUGUCAAUGUGGGAUCUGCUCUACUCCAGAUAUAUCGCUGAGGAGAAGAGGCGAGAGCUCGUGCAACAAUACAAGUCCGGAGUUAUCACGAUUGAAUUCUUUUUGGAAAUUAUCUUGAUGAUCAUUCAGCAGCAGACCACUACCACAACCUCAUCAUCAACCACCACAUAUCAAAUAUCUGAAACAAACGUUGACAGCAGUACCACAGUUACAGAGACCGAAACCUUUCAUGGUAUUAGAAAGGAUGUCAGUGCUACAGAGUUGCUUGAAUCUAAAAUCAUUGACGAAGAUAUCUACAAAGAACUGCAUGCAGGAACCAUCACAGUUGAGGAAGUCAGUGAAAUGGACUCUGUCCGUCGGUAUCUAGAAGGGACCAACUGCAUUGCAGGAGUUUACUUGCAGUCCACCAAAGAGAUCCUGAGCAUCUUUGAAGCCAAGUCCAGAGGCCUGCUGACUCCUGGAACGUCUCUUGUGCUCCUCGAGGCCCAAGCUGCCACUGGCUUUGUCGUUGACCCAGUCAACAACAAGAAACUCUCAGUAGACGAGGCUGUAGCUCAGGGUGUGGUUGGCGCUGAAUGGCAAAAGAAGCUGCUCUCGGCAGAACGAGCCGUCACAGGGUACAAAGACCCUUACACCGAAAAAACAAUCUCCCUGUUCCAAGCGCUGAAGAAAGACCUAAUCGUCAAAGAUCAUGGAGUUCGCCUUCUGGAAGCUCAAAUUGCCACAGGGGGCAUCAUUGACCCAGUUUACAGCCACAGAGUUCCCGUGCAGGUGGCUUACCAAAGAGGCUACUUUGAUGAAGAAAUGAAUCAGAUUCUGUCCGACCCAGAUGACGACACCAAGGGAUUUUUUGAUCCAAACACACAAGAGAACCUUACUUAUCUCCAGCUGCUUGAGAGGUGCAUUACAGAUCCUAUCACUGGACUAAGUUUACUCCCCUUGAUGAAAAACUAAAAGACUGUUUACGUUUUUGUGCUUUGUCUUAAUUAGUCCUGCUGUGAGCAUUUAUAUUUUUUCACUCAUAAACCUUUAAUCAUAGUAUUUUUUGUUUUAUACUAAUAUGCAAGAAACCUGUGCUAGAUUUACUCAAGUUGAUGAAACCUAGUUUGCCUGUACUUUGUAAAAAAAUGUGGCCUAAUAAACAUGCAUGUGAGGAUUA